AUGUCAUCAUCACCCAAAUUCACAUCUCCUCCCCCCCCUCUACCGGAGACAAUCCAAGUCUCCUUCCCCUCGCCCCAAAUCCUACUGGUAACGCUCAAUCGCCCCUCCGGGCUAAAUUGCCUAUCGACUCCCAUGCACUGGGCCCUCGACAGCCUCUACAAUUGGUACGAUAACGAGCCCAGCCUCUCCUGCGCAGUACUUACCGGGAAGGGCCGGGCGUUUUGCGCUGGAGCCGAUCUAAAGGAAUGGGAUAAGUCAAAUCAUUCCACUGAGAAAAGCAACAACACACGGGCCUUCCCAGCAUCAGGAUUCGGCGCUCUCUCAAGACGCUCGGGAAAGAAGCCGAUUGUGUGUGCUGUUAAUGGUUUCUGCUUUGGCGGCGGCUGCGAAAUGAUCAUAAACGCUGAUAUCGUCGUCGCGGCUUCAUCGGCAGCCUUCUCAUUGCCCGAAGUUACCAUUGGAGUCGUGGCGUUGGCUGGAGCAUUACCUAGGUUAGUUAGGACGGUGGGCAAACAGAGAGCCAUGGAGAUGGCAUUGACGGGCCGGAGACUUAGGGCAGAGGAGGCGAAGGAGUGGGGACUUGUCAAUAGAGUUGUGGAGGAUGGGAAGGUUGUAGAUGCUGCGUUGGAGAUUGCUCGUAUGAUUACUGGGAACAGCCCUGAUGCGGUAAUUGUUAGCCGGGAGGGGGUUAAGAUCGGGUGGGAGGCGAUGGGGGCGGAGGAGGGAACCAGGCUCUGGGCUGAGAAUUGGUACGGGAGGAUGGAUGGAGGGGAUAAUAUGAAGGAGGGCGUAAGGAGUUUUGUUGAGAAGAGGAAGCCGGUCUGGGUGCCGAGUAAGUUGUGA